GCUCAGAAAGUAUUUUCACCUACUUUUUGGCACUUUACUAGCGAUGGGUAACAAGUCGAGUUCAAAAUCAAAGUCAAUAACAACAGCCCCAGAAGAAAACGAAGGUGCAAAUCGACAUGAGGAGGACGAGAAACGAGAGAAGAUCCAAAAGCACACCACCAAUUCCGUGGAUCUGAUGACAGCUUCUAUUGCAGAGCUGGUGUCAAUUGGUGUAACGGAAGAAUUGGCGUCGCGUUUAACCCAAGUUCGUGGUAAACUUAACACUGUCAGCGAAGUGGUUAGUGUACUUGAAAGUAGCGAGUGUCUUUUAAAAGUAGAGUGUCUGAAUGCUUUUGUUGUACGUAAAGUCGAUAACAGUGUUGUCAUCGAGCGAAUAGUUGCACAAGCGAAGACUAAACGCAGUUUCAGUUUUGGACGGAUAAAGCCAAAGGAACAAGAAGAUCCUGAAUCUGGUCUUGAACCAAGCAAGAAGCGAAGACCACUCAAAGACAGUUCACCUGACAAGGGCAGCAAGAGUGAUCCGUCGUUCGAACUGGAGGACAGUGCACAACAAAGUCCAGUGUGUUUGGUCAACGUUAAUACUGCCACAGAGGAGGAGCUGGAAAGGAUCAAGGGGUUUGGUCCCGCAGUGUCCAAGAACAUAGUUAAACAUCGUGAAGAGCAUGGUCCAUUUGGCAAUGUGGAAGAACUAAUUGUCAUAAGGGGAGUUAGCCAGAAGCUUUUGUGUAAACUUGAAGGGCAAUUGACAGUGGGCGAUGAUGAAAACAAACAAACAACCUUUCAAGCAAGCAGAUUCAAGCUCGAUGCUAUAGGACCAGGAGGAACACUAAAGUACAAGGGUCGGGAUGUGGUGCGUUUGAUGUCCUGGAAUCUCCAAUGCUUUAAUAGUGACAAGGCAUCCAAUGAGGGCGUCUGUGAAGUCAUAUGCAAGACUAUCUUAGAAAAUGGGGUAAACAUUGUUGUAAUCCAAGAGAUAGGUGAUGAAGAUGCACUCACCAAGAUUAAAGAUGAACUGAAUCAUCAGACACUUAAAGGUGCGGGAAAUGGCCACCAAGGACAGUGGGAGUGUCAGAUAUCAGAUGUGGCUGGGGCUAUGUACAGGUCCAGAGAGUACAAUGGUUUCUUGUGGGAUGCUAGCUGUGGUAUUCAACUCAAGAGCUCAUCACUUUUAGAGAAACCAAAAAAUGGAAAGAAGCAGUUUGCAAGAAGACCAUUUCUUGGAUUCUUCAAGACUAAAGGACUGGAUUUUCUUGUGACAAGUGUGCACCUCAAGGCUACAGGGCUUGAUAAUGAAGACAUCGGCCGCCUUCAGGAAGAACGUGCAAGAAUGCCAGACAUAAUCACUGCACUGAAUGAGUGUGUCCCAGAUGAAAAGGAUAUGGUUGUAUUAGGUGAUUUCAAUCUUGAGCCAGAUGAGGAAGACUUUGACUGCUUCCGUGAGGCACAUCUCUCCAAUCUUAUUCCUCACUCAUCAUACACAAACAUCAGCACAUCCAAUCCAGAUGGUUCAAAGUGCUAUGAUAAUAUCUGGAUAUCAAGACAUUGCAAAGACCAUGCAUACACUAGCAGAUCUGGUGUUUUUCGAUCCGGGAUGACGCAUGAGAAGAUCCCGGAUGGAUGGAAAUGGGGAGGGGUGGUAUCGGACCACUGCCCCGUCUGGGCUGAAUUUUUUUGUGAUCAAGACACGGACAAAAGCACCGGCGAAGAGAAAGUUGAGGAUAUCGCUAUAGAAUCUUCAAAUAGUCAGGCGUAGUUGCAGCAGAGUGAAAAUGCCCCUAUGCCACGGAUUUUAACAUUAGGGGCCUAUGGCAAUAUCGACGACGAAUUUGCACGACGACGGCAUUUUUAUAGGUUUUCAUUGUAGAUAAUUAAUUUUAGAUUGUAAAUAAGUUUCUUUUAAAUAGUCAUGAUUACAAUGAAUUAAUACAUUAACUAUCCAUCUAUCUAUCAGUGUACCUUGAUAGACACACCCACUGAAUAAAAUAAAUAAGAUUGUCAUGAA